AUGGAAAGAAGCAAUGCAUCUCGGCCGGACGCACAGACCACAUCCAUGCCUGUUGCGCACCAGCUCAGCUGCUCCACCAAUAUAGAUGCUCCCCAGUUUCGUAAUAUGGAAGGGCAGGUUGCGCCGGGUCCCCCAUCCAAAGUAUUACUAGCUUACAAGAACGACGUCGCAGCGCCUGAGUUUCGAUCCUAGAAUUAAAGCGGUUUGGGAAUACUUAAAGUGGCCUCAUUACAGUGGAAACAGGAAAAGAAGACGCCGCUCAGGUCAACCGUAACGAACUGUCCCACAUACAACAACAGCCACCCCUGCAAGAGAUCCCGCGCUGGGACCAGCUGGCAGCUCCUGGUUCUGCACGUCAGGUCCCGGGACCGCCAGAUUCCCAAGAGCCAGCACCGACCAAGCCACAGUAACUGUAAGCGCAUCGUCGUUCUUGGUGCGCCACGGGUCGGCAAGACAUCCAUCCUCAGAAGAUACCUCCGGGACGGAUUUGUGGAUGAGUAUAAUCCUACCUCCGAGAUUUUCCUCAUUGAAUCUGUUUUUCGUAUUCGCGGAGAGACCUACCAAAUUGACGUCCUGGACGCGUCCCGAGAACGGGAUUACCCACCAAGCGCCGGCUUGUCUAUCCUCACUGGUCACAUAUUUCUUCUAGUAUUCAGUCUAGAUGACAGGAGCACCUUCGAAGAAGUGUGCACUCUGCGAACGGAAACUGCCGCUAAAUCCAAGCUUACCAAAUCCUCUGUGCCAGAGCAGUGCGCACAGCAGCAGGUUCCCCUCGUGGUCUGCGCCACAAGGUGGACUCUCCAGGAGUCUGAGAGAGAAAUAUCCACAGAGGUGCUCCAAGCUUUCGGUUCUGACUGUGCCUAUUUUGAAACGUCCCUUGCAAAGGAGAGCACGAAUCUAGAGAAAGUCCAUUCGAAACUCUGGCAACAGCGAGGCGGGCUCCCGACUGAAACGGGCCCGUCUCAGCACCAGAAGUCUCUCCUCCGUUCGUAAACCAAGGCAAUGCGCACUGGCCGUGUGCCGGGGAGGGGUGGCCCGACUCCUGGGGCGCGACGAUGCUGCGGCGCCCUUUACCCACUGGCCCGUAGACCGAGUUUUUGCACAGACCUCCGACAAGUGAUCGGGCCACAUACUGCAAGAAAACCCGGCAAACCCCUGGAAAAAUGUCCGAUUUCAAUGAAGGACAAUUAG